GUCAAAUUAGAAUAGCAAAGUUCCUUUUGUUGCGUUUGGCAUAUAUUAUGGUCACCACCAUCUUUAUAUGCUUGUCUCCUGCCCCUUGUUACUACAAACAUUCAUCCCACCUUCUUUUAAUUUUCCCCUUAAAAUACCCAUUUUAUUCGUUUCCAAAUCACACAUUCAUUCUUUCUUUUUACCAACAUAUUAUAUAUGAAAUCUCAAAAGAAAAGAUAGCUGUUACUCCACGAGAUCCAAAGCUUGACUUUCACCUGCCCCCAUCACUAAAGUCGAGUCAUAUGCACUGAAACUGGAAAAAGAAAAAAAAACGUGCGUUUUCACCAAAGUGUACAACACUUUGGCACAGAAAAUAGAAUUAGGAGUACACAGCUAUAACAUCUAAUUUCCCGUGGUUAUCCUAUCUCAUACGGAUGAUUUGGGAUUGAUUUCCUCAAUAAUCUUUGCAGUGCUCACAAAGUAUUAAUUCAAGAGAGAGUAGUUGUGAAUGGCUUCAUCUUCUUCAUUAUCAUCUUACUCACCAUGUGCAGCAUGUAAAUUCCUUCGUCGUAAAUGCCAACCAGAAUGUGUAUUUGCACCUUACUUCCCUCCAGAUCAGCCUCAGAAAUUCGCAAAUGUUCAUAAAAUAUUUGGAGCCAGCAAUGUGACAAAGUUACUAAAUGAGUUGCAGCCACACCAAAGGGAAGACGCCGUAAACUCUCUUGCUUAUGAGGCAGACAUGCGCCUUCGAGAUCCAGUCUAUGGUUGCGUUGGUGUCAUCUCUCUUCUCCAACACCAGCUCCGACAGCUACAGCUAGAUCUUAGCUGUGCAAAGUCUGAACUGUCAAAGUAUCAAAAUGUAGGAGGAGGCACCACUCCUCAUUUGAUAGGAGGUGGAGGGAGAGAUCAUAACCAACUAUUGUAUCAUCACCAUCAAUUUUUUCCUAGAGAUCAGCAACAACAACAGCAGCAGCAACACAUAAUCCGCCGCACGUCACUUGAUGGAGGAAGUAACAAUUUUGAUACAGGAUAGCAGCAUACAACAUGAUGAAGAUCACAGGCAGGCACUAUCAUCAGUGUAAUUAUAUAUCUCGAGCAUUUUAUAGACCAAUAUUAUUAUUAUUAUUAUUACAUGCAUUUAAUUACUCGAUCUAGAGUUGUUCAUCCAUUGCUGCUUUCACCUUCCUUAGUAAUUAUUGAAAAGAAAAUAGUUCACCCACCUGCAGCUGGAUAAAAGUUUCAGUACAAAUAUGGAAUUGCACAAAGCAAAAAUCCUGAUCCGAAUUGCAAUAAAUAUAUUCCCCUCUUUUCCAUUUA